AUUUCUCAUAUUUAAGUGUACGGAAAUUAAACCAAAAAUGUUAUUUACCGUACUCGGAGUUAUUUCUCUCUUCCUGAGAAAAAGAACCAUCAAUUCCACCGUCUCAGGUCAAGAUAAAAACUUCGACCGUCAAGAAGAAGGAUUGGUCACGGGAUCCAACGUGGCCACCAGUGAUGGUCGAAAAAUCGGUGACUGGUGUAAAGAAUCAUCUUUGCAUCUGGAGGAACAGAUCAAGGUUCAGACAGAGAAACCGUCACUGGAGGAACCUGUUGAUGGCCAGAGUGAAGAACCAUCACUGGUAGAGCCUGACAGUGUUCCCGGUGAAGAACAAGCCAGCAAGUUUGCUAAGCCCGGCUGUAGUCAUGAUGACCCUCCAAAUGUGGUCUCGGCUAAGCCCGGCUGUAGUCAUGAUGACCCUCCAAAUGUGGUCUCGGCUAAGCCCGGCUGUAGUCAUGAUGACCCUCCAAAUGUGGUCUCGGCUAAGCCCGGCUGUAGUCAUGAUGACCCUCCAAAUGUGGUCUCGGCUAAGCUUGGCUGUAAAGAUGUUGGCAAAAGUGCAACCUGUCAGACAGAGGGCGCUGUUCCACCAAAAAAGAAGAAUAAAGACACAAACAUCAUUGAGAUCAACUCACAUCGCUAUGAAAUCGGUGCUGAGCUGGGCAAAGGAGGCUAUGGAACCGUUUUCGCAGCGACCCGUUUACAAGAUGGCCUUCGGGUGGCAGUAAAAAUUGCAAAUUUCAAGCCUAAGCGACUCUUCCGUGUUGAUGAUUUUAACCAGCUACUUCCAGCGGAGAUCGCUCUGCACUUUCUUGCCACUAAAGGCCCCGAGGUUAAAGAACUCGUUCAGCUUCUGGACUGGAAGGUGGAGGCUGAUCGCUACUUUAUGGUCCUAGAGCGGCCCACACCCUGUGUGAGUGUGGGUGAUUUUUUAAGAGACCAUGAAGGCAGGAUCCCAGAGGACGUGUUAAGGAAAAUCAUGUUCCACACAACAAUAGCAGCUGACACAUGCCUCAAACGUGGAGUGUUUCACCGUGAUAUCAAGCCUGACAACUUGCUGAUGAACCCACAGACCUUUGAAGUUAAACUGAUUGACUUUGGUUGUGGUGUUCCCCUUACUGAGGACUAUUACAUAACCUAUUUGGGCACAGUGCAGUUCAUGCCUCCUGAGUUAAAAAAGAUUGGCUAUUACUACGGAGAGCCAGCAACAGUGUGGUCACUCGGGCUUCUUCAGUUUUUGCUAAUGUAUAAAAAAUUUCCAGAAAAGCGUGACCUCCGCAGGAUGAAAAACAAAAAUUAUUACCAAUAUGGAAGGUCAGAAGAAUGCUGUGAUUUCUUCAGCUGUUGUCUGCAAACUAACCCCAGUCUUCGGCAAAAGCUGAAUGCACUCCGUGCCCAUGCCUGGUUUAAGAGAAUUAUAAAAAAGAUCUAGCAUUUGACAAAGGACAGCUUCCAGAAUCAGUCAAGAACAGUUCAGUGCUGGAUUCGGCUAAAAACUCCAGCACCUCCAACCAUAAAAGAAGAAGCAGAGGAUUGUGAGCCAACCACAACAACAUAGUCCUUUAGCUAAACAUGACUUGAUUCACAGAAAGCUGAACAUAAUUUGGUUCUGCAGUGUCAUAGCUCUUAUUGUAACAUUUACACUGGCUCUAAUUAAAUUCCAUGUAAAAAAAAAAA